AUGCGAAAAAGCAACGUGGCGGCUGCCUCCGAAGAUUUGAAGAGAAAAGGAGAGAAAAAGAAAAAGUACGCAGCAUUCGCUUCCAGCCUCUUCCAGCAUCCGCACUCUAGCCAAGCUACGUUUUGCAAAGCCAAGAAAACAAGAGAGCUGGAAGAAGCUUCGCCAAGCAAGUCGCCGCAGUCAGGGGCUUGGCUCUCCGAUGACAGCUUGUUCAAGCUCGGUGAGAUGCUCGCCUUGCCACGAGGAGGGCUUGGCAGCAUGAACAGCAACCAAGAGCGAACCAUGGCGUUUCCGGCCCCACGGGCAGCUAAAUUUGACGGCGUGGGACGAUCGACCACGCCGCCCUUGCAACGUCGAAGGGCCAGCAAGCCAGUCGCGCCUCUCGAUGGCGACGCGGGAGACGCCUUGCCUGUCAACCGUGUCAAAGCUGUUUGCGGCAGCUGGGCGGCAGGCGCACCGAGGCUGUCCACGGCUGGUCCUCGGCUUGGCUUCACGUCCGCUUUCGCAUUCGCUUUUUCGCUUUCGGUUUCUCGCUCGUUCUCCUCCUCCGCCGCCGCCAAAUCUCCGAUUGCCAGAGCCUGGCUCGCCCCCAUCCGGGCUACCCUACCGUCGAGCCGCAUCGACGCCUCCUCCUCCCUCGCUGUGCUUUGGCUUGCUUUGCCUGUCUUUUCUUUUUUGUUCGCUGACGCCCUGCUGCGUGCCCUCCCCUCCCAGCUGCAUCGCAGUCCAUAUACCCUCAUAACCUUGGGUGCCUCGUCCGCUCAGCCUGCCGCUGCCGUCCGAAUCCCCCAUCCCUUACUUUCGAUCUAUCCUUGUCGCCGGUCGUUGUGGUCCCUCCAACCCACCAUCAUCACCACCAUCCUCACUGUCGCUGCCCACAUUCACAUCGACAACGUGUUCCUACCGGCACGCUGCUUUCCCACCACUUUCGUCGACCUAUCGACCUCAUCGUCCCACACUCCCGUCCUAGUCUGCAUCUGCAGCGGCUCUACGCUCUUUUCAGCUCGUACCAGCACCGAAAGUCUUGCAUCCUCUCGAUCGCCAUCUACCGCCUCAGCAGUCCUACCGACCGACCGAGAUUGCUCAAGCCCGUCAUCGAGAUCCCCAUCGCGACAUCGUACUGCCUGCCUAGCUGCUUUUCCGCCGAAUAGAGAGCUUGCUUCACGUCAUCCAGCAACAGUCGAGCCCGCCCUGUGGCUAGCAAUCUCACCUGCUAGCUUCAACCCCCACCGGCCGUCUGCUGCACGCUCACCCCUUGCUUCGCCAGUCACCAUGUCGUCGGCAAGCGCCAACCAGCAGCACAAGAACCUCAUCGGCCACCGCAUCGCCGAGGGGCGCCUCGAGCUCGUCCAGGUGCUCGGCCUUGGUGCCUACGGCGUUGUCUACCUCGCCCGAGACCUUCACCAGCACCACGGCGCCUAUGCAUCCACCUCUUCACACCAGGCCUCGGCAUCGCUCUUGGCCGCCAAGGAGGGUCACGCUUCCGGCUACUACGCCGUCAAGUGCCUCAACAAGGUUGGCCUCGAUGCUCGCCAGCGUGCCUUUCAGCGUCGUGAGAUCAUGCUCCACACCAUGGCCUCCAGUCACCCCAACGUCGUCAGCCUUCACCGCGUCAUCGACGACCCACAGGACCCAUGCGUCUACGUCGUGCUCGACUACUGCCCCGACGGCGACCUCUUCAGCAUGAUCACCGAGACGCAGCGCUACAUGCUACCCAGCGCCGUCACCCGCGCCGCCGAGGCACAGGGCAUCGAAGUCGCCUUCACCAGCGAGCGUCUCAAGAUGGACGCCCUCAUCCGCGACGUGUUUGACCAGAUCCUCGACGCCGUCGAGUUCUGCCACCGCAUGGGCAUCUACCACCGCGAUCUCAAGCCCGAGAACAUCCUCUGCCUGCGUGGCGGCGCCAAGGUGGUGCUCGCCGACUUUGGACUGGCAACAGGCGACAAGACCAGCUCCGACUUUGGAUGCGGCAGCACCUUCUACAUGGGCCCCGAAUGCCAGGGCGGCAUCACGCGUCGACUCACCAGCUACAGCACCGCCGCCAACGACGUGUGGUCGCUCGGCGUCAUCCUCGUCAACCUCAUCUGCGGCCGCAACCCGUGGAAGCAGGCGUGCCCCGCCGACGACACCUUCCGCGAGUAUCUGCGCAACCCCGACUUCCUCAAGGAGAUCCUGCCCAUCUCGGACGGCAUCAACUCGAUCCUCAAGCGCGUCUUCACCUUCCGCGCCGAGGCGCGCUGCACCAUCGCCGACCUUCGACGCAUGGUGCGCGGCGUCGACCGCCUCACCGCCACCUCGGCAGAGAUCAAGGCACGCCAGCAGAUGGCACGCCAGGCCGCCGCCGAAGCGCAUGCCGCCCGCCAGGCCGAGAAGGCCGCCGCCGCCGCCGCCUACCGCGAGCAACAGCGCCAGCAGCAGGCCAUGGUCGUUCGCCACGUCGCCGCCGCCCGCAAGCCCGAGAGUGCCCGCGUCGCUCACCACCCGCAGGUCGCCACCUUCGACAAGAUCUCGCAGCCGGUCGUGUAUGCUGAUGACCAUGCUGGUUACGUCGCCCACGGCGAAGCCACCGCCAUCGACGAUGACUCGGCAGCGUAUGAGAACUAUUCGGACUCGGAACUGGACAGCAGCAGCUGCGAGGGCGACGGCUCCUUCUCGCCGUCGGAUGCGCCCGACGGCUCCGACGAGGGUCGCCACCAGCAGGCCUGCGUGGACUGGUCGCGCCACCCGAUCGCCCUCCCUGCACAGGAUCACCUGGACCGCGGCGCCGGGUCCAACUACACGAGCAUGAGCGAUGUGCACGCAUCCGGCGCGAGUGUGGCGCCUUCGACAGCUGCACGUGGAGCGAUGGUGCCGAUGCACAGCUCGACAUCGAUGGACGAGCGCGAGGGCCAGUCGGACGACUGCUCGAGCCGCAGCGGCAGCGGCGAGUCGCGCCGCAGCUCGGCUUCCUACACGGGCCUGCCGCCUACGCCGCAGUUUGUGCCUCACAGCGUCGAGGAGAACGUGCAGCGUGGCGCCGACUACUCGCCCACGCCAGCCAGCAAGUAUGCGGCACCGGGUCAAGUGAGCGUCGUCGGCGGUGCCGAUGAAAGCUUGCUGGUCGGCGGCAAGGCGUCUACGCGCGGUCUCCCCGCCCGCUGGCUGCAGAGCCGCUGGGACCAGGACGCGGCGUCGCUGGCCAAGGUGCAAGAGACCUCGGCCGUGCUUGGCAACUACGCAGGCGGCAGGCAGUAUGCCAGUGUCCCCUCUCGUCGACAGCGCCCAGUGGGGCUGGGUCACCAGGGUGCGCAUCCGCCCAUGCCUGCACCCUACUAA